UACCACAUUAAGCCACUCACUACCUUCUGUUACCACAGUGCACAGGGGAGGCUGGGAAAUGCCUCAGUAGGGCACUGCGCUGCCACUUCUUCCCGGAGGCCACCUUCGCUCUGCUCCGCUCCUCCUCCGUCCAGCUGCACCCAUCCGAGGGGAGCGUCUCUGUGCUGCUACAGAAGGAGAUCGUUCAUCCGAACCCAGACAGAAUGGCAGACAAAGACACUGUCGAGAAGUUCCUGGACAACAAUCCACAGUUCGCAAAGGAGUACUACGAGAAGAAAGUCAGGGCGGAGGUGAUCACCGCUGCUUUCAACAACCAGGUCCGGAUCAAAGAUCCGGCCUCUUACAAGGAUGUCUCCGCCAUCCAGGAGGCCGAGUUCAUAUUGGAGCUCAUUAAGGAGAUGCACAGCAACAGCCCAAUGGAGAAAGCCCUGCACAAAGUUCUGCAGAGGAUCGCUCUGCUGGUGCAGGCCGACCGCUGCAGCUUCUUCGGCUACCGCUCUCGAAACGGCACGCCUGAGCUGUCCACCAUCCUCUUCGACGUGACGCACAGCUCUCCGUUUGACAGCAACUUUGUGAACCCCAACGUGGAGAUCGUUUUCCCCACCGACAUGGGCAUCGUCGGCUGGACGGCGCACUCCAAGAAGCCCCAGAAUGUCGCCGACGUGAAGAAGGACUCUCAUUUUAGUGACUUCGUGGACAAACAGACCAAAUACACCACAAAGUGCAUGAUCACCGCCCCCGUUAUGAAUGGAAAGGAACCCCUCGGUGUCAUCAUGGCCCUCAACAAACAAGGCGCCGCCGACUUCUCCAAGAACGAUCAGGAGCUCUUCAACAAGUACAUGAACUUUGCUACCGUGGUCAUUCUCCAAGCCCACACUGCUUAUAUGUGGGAUGUAGAGUCCAGGAGAAGCCAGGUGCUGCUAUGGUCGGCCAGCAAAGUGUUUGAGGAGUUGACGGACAUCGAGAGGCAGUUUCACAAGGCACUGUACACAGUGAGGACGUACAUUAAGUGUGAGAGAUACUCUGUGGCACUUCUGGACAUGACCAAAGAGAAGGAAUUCUUCGACGAGUGGUCAAUCAAACUCGGAGAGCAGGAGCCGUACAAGGGCCCCAAGACGCCUGAUGGCAGAGAAAUCAACUUCUACAAGAUCAUUGACUACUUGCUGGAAGACAAAGAGGAGAUUAAAGUUAUCCCCGGCCCCCCUGCAGACCACUGGGCUCUGGUGAGCACCCUCCCAGCAUAUGUGGCGGAGAAUGGAUUUAUCUGCAACAUGAUGAACGCUCCAGCGGACGAGUACUUUGCAUUUCAGAAAGGACCAGUGGAUGAGUCUGGCUGGAUGAUCAAGAAUGUCCUCUCCCUCCCCAUCGUCAACAAAAAGGAAGAGAUCGUCGGCGUUGCAACUUUCUUCAACAGGAACGACGGAAAACCAUUCGACGAGAAUGACGAACAGAUUACAGAAGCUCUGACCCAGUUCCUCGGCUGGUCCACUCUGAACAGCGACACGUACGACAAGCUGAACAGGACGGAAUGGAGGAAAGAAAUCGCCCAGGAAAUGCUCAUGUACCAGGGGAAGGCCACGGUGAACGAUGUGCGGACUAUCCUGAACACUGAAGAGAAGCUAGGCUCCGCACCAGAGGACUGCGACCAGAAGGAGAUGUACAAACUUCUGAGAGCCAACAUCCCCGAAGCCAAGACCGUGGAGCUGUGCGAGUUCCGAUUCAGCGACUUCCCCUUGUCCGAGGUCGAACUCAUCAAGUGCGGCAUCCGCUGCUUCUUCGAGCUGGGCGUUGUGGAGAAGUUCAAAGUCCCAGCUCAGAUCCUGACACGUUGGAUGUACACCGUUCGCCGGGGAUACCGUGACAUCACCUACCACAACUGGAGGCACGGCUUCAACGUGGGCCAGACCAUGUUCUCUCUGCUGCUAACGGGCAAACUGAAGAAGUACUACUCUGAUCUCGAGGCCUUUGCUAUGGUCGCCGCUGGAUUCUGCCACGAUAUUGAUCACAGAGGAACGAACAAUCUCUUCCAGACAAAGAGUCUAUCCCCACUGGCAAAACUGCACAGCAGCUCCGUCAUGGAGCGACAUCAUCUUGAGUACAGUAAGACUCUGAUGGAGGAUGAGAACCUCAACAUCUUCGGAAACCUUCAGAAGCGUCAGUUUGAAACGGUGCAGCAUCUGUUCGAAGUUUGCAUUAUUGCCACCGAUCUCGCACUCUACUUCAAGAAGAGAACAAUGUUUCAGAAAAUCGUGGAAGCUAUGGAGGGAAUUCCAGACGAGAAAGAGAAGAUCGGCUACGUCUCCAACAAUGCAACCAGAAAAGAAAUAAUCAUGGCGAUGAUGAUGACAGCUUGUGACCUGUCAGCCAUCACAAAGCCUUGGGAGGUGCAGAGCAAGGUCGCUCUGAUGGUGGCGGCAGAAUUUUGGGAGCAGGGAGACCUCGAAAGGACGGUUCUUGAUCAGCAGCCUAUUCCCAUGAUGGACAGAAACCACGCCGCUGAGCUUCCCAAGAUGCAGUGCGGUUUCAUUGACUUUGUUUGCUCCUUCGUGUAUAAGGAGUUUGCUCGUUUCCACGCAGAGAUCAAGCCCAUGUUCGACGGGCUGAAUAUCAACAGGGGAGAGUGGAGAGCUCUCGCCGACGUGCACGAGGCGAAGAUGAAGGCCAUCGAAGAUGAGAAGAAGAGGCUGGAGGGUGGUGAUCAAGCUCAAGAUGCCGGGAAGUCAAAGACGUGCGUUGUCUGCUAGACAUCCAAGACCACAUGGAAAUGAGUUCUGAUUGUUUGUCUGCAUGUGUUUUUGGACAGGGAUUCUAAUGUGCAAAAAAGAUUAUUUUUAUAUUCUGUAACUUUCUUCUGUCCUCUGACACACAAUGCGGCGCAAUUGAGCACAUACAGUUUGCAUAUGGCAUUAUGAAAACAUUUUAUUUAUACUGAAUAUAGCAGAAAAAUAUGUAGCGCAAUUCCUCUGGCUUUGAACAUGUGAAUAAGAAUAUUUUGCUGCAAAAUAUGAUGCAGUUUGAAUUGUUUUAUCUGAAAAUGUUUGGAACAUAAACUAUAACAAAUGCUCUUUUAUGUAGUGAAAAAGCUUAAUAAAUAAAAUGAAUAUUUUUUUUCUUCUUUUUUUUAAUUGCAAGUAGUGUUUACAAAAUGUCAACCAUAUGUCUCAGGCAAAUGGAUGGGAGAUGUAAGAAGAUUUGACCGAAUUGGAUUUGGUUAUAAGCCACCAGGCUUUCCCUUUUAAGACCCCUGCUUACAUAAAGUAAAAAUACUGCUCAUAAGUCAGAGUACAUGUGGGGACUGACGGGAGGGGGUCAAGUGGAAACACAUGUACGGGAGAGAUGGCUUUGUUUGACUCCGAGUCGGCACUCUUACUACGUGAUUAUGUUGUGAUUUCUUGAAAUAAGAAGUUGCAAUUUUUUUUCUCCAAAACUCCAUGUCUCAGAUUUCUAUAAAUAGAGUAUGUGGCAUGGGGGGCGUGUACUUUCGCAGGACAAUGUCAGAUCCUGUUGUAUUUUGCAGUGUGUGUGUUUGCUAUUUAAACGUAAAAAAACAUUAAAUCUGAGCGAACACGAUGUCUGCAAAACAAAACUUUACUGUCGUGCGACUAUAGCUCUAGAUGCAUAACAAUAAAAUGUGCAAUAGCAUCAAAGGUGAAAUGUGUAUAUGUGAAAAAAAUGCUAAUAAAGUUUAUUUUCAAAUCA